UUAGUAAUAUUCAUGCAAUUGUGUAUUAUGUCUUGUUAACUACUUAAUCGUCAAUUCCCGCCGGCGGGAAAGUUUUAGUUACACCUAGCAUGUUCCCCCCAACAUGCUAGGUCAAUUCUCAGCAUCAUAAGGUUGAGUGAUAUAGUCAUGUCAUACACCGUUGGAAAGCUUAGAAUCUCAAGAAUGUCAACCAAUGUCAACCAUUCGGUGGAAUAAAUAUGUUUAGUGAAUAUAGAUCAAAUAUAUCCUAGUGUCUUAGGUCAAAAUAGCCCCCCUCACCCUCCCCCACCCUUGGUGCAUACUUACUUUAUCGUCGUUGUGGAUAUCCUUAGCAAUGAGUUGAUACUUCAUGUUGGGUCUUGAAAUGUUCAUAAGAGUCCACAGAAAUCGAAUAUCAAUAUUAUUUUAGUCUAAUUACAUCGUGUAUAUGCACACGCCAUCUUAUACAAAGCAGCCGAAAAAUAGAAAACCGAAACGCUGCAAUGUUUUUUUGUAGAAAACUGCUUUUAUGUUUAUACUGGUUUUCUUUUACUUUUAGAGACACGUCAGUGUAAUUGCGGAUGGCGAGAGCCCUGAAAUACACCUGGACAGCUGCAGCGGUCUUCAUCACUGCCCCUUCUGCCAAUACAAAGCAUCAAAAUGUGUUAUCGACUAUCACAUCACAUGCCAUGCCUCGGUUAAAUACAGAGGUCUGCAGAGGAGCUUUCAGGAAGCAGGAAGAGAAGACGGGAGGAAAAAAAGCUACAGACAAAACUGAAGACCAGGAACUGGAACCUGGGAACCUGGAAGAGGAUGUUGUCCUGAAGGACACAAUUCAGGCAGCAGCAUGGUGCCAGGUACAGUCCUUCAAGGACAGCGUCUCUCUCCCAGAGGUCAUUGGGAUGGAAGGUUGGGAGCAGAGGGCAGCAUCAGUACAGCGCAAAUCCCAUGACGGCGGGGAUGAGGAAGAAGCAUGGCAACCAUUCCAAUUCUCAUUCCAAUUACAAACUGACUAUGAACUCUUCUGUGUGGAGAUGAUGGACAGGAGAAACCUGAAGGUGUUUGCCUCUUUUGAGUCAAACACCUCUCCCCCUCCCCCCUCCCCCCUCCCCGUGACGCCUGCGCCACACGACUCCAGUAGUCUGAUGAUGCAGCAUAAUGGUGGCGCUUGGCAGCUAUGGCGGCGGUGACGGCGAUGUCGGGCGACGAAGCGAGAGUGGCGUCCACCUCACUGAGGAAGGCGUCAGUGUGUUCC